AUGGCCUCAGCGACAAGAUUAUUUGUGAGCAAUUUACCGGAAAACAUUGAUAACAAUUCUCUAAAGGACAUAUUUUCUUCCUAUGGAGAAGUAACCAACUUUGAUUUGAAAUCGAAGCCUGGGGUAGAAAAUGAUAAAAAAACAUUCGCAUUUGUAACAAUUUCUGCUUCCAAUUAUAACGUGGAAUCGUGUAUAAAAUACUUCUCUAAUAAUGACUUUCAAGGACACAAAUUGUAUGUGACAAGAGCCCGUGAAAGCUUUUUAGAAAGACUUCAAAGAGAAAGGGAACAAGCUCAAAACAAAACCUCUGAGAAUGAACCAACAAAAGAAAACAAUGAAAAAGUUUUUCUUAACAACAACCAAAACACACAUAAAAGAAAAUUUAAUGACUUGAAUGAAACCCCACAAAGCUUCAAUGGCGAUGUAAAUCAUUCAAACCAUUAUAAUUCUAUGAAGAAUAAUUCAUUUGAAAAUGAUGAGAAGAAAAUGAGUUCAGAUAAAAAAAGAUUGGAGUCAAUCAAGAAAAAACGUCAAGAGUUUAAUGCAAAGAAAAACAUAAUUAAAACUGGCCUGAUAAGUAUUGACAAGCAACAAAAUAAGAAAGUUAUAUUUUCCGAUAAUGAAGAUGAUUUGUCAACUAAAUACGACGCAGGUGUUAAUGAUGUUAAAACUUCAAAAGAGAAACCCAGUUUGUUUGACGAUGCUGCCAGUGAUGAUGAAAUAAACUUUGAUAUAAAGGAACAAUUUGAAGGGAAAAAGGGUAAAAAGGUUUUAGACUUACAGUCUACAUACAAAGCCGACAAACGUUUCGUUUUGGAUGAAAGAUUUGUUGAGGAUGAAUCAGGUAGCGACGCUGAAGCCGCUCAUCAAGACGAAAAUGUAGAAAUAGGUCAAGCCGAUGAAAAAUCAAAACAACUUGAUAUAUUGCAAAAUUUGUUAGGCGUGACUAUUAAAACAAAACAGACAGAAGUAGUUAAUAAAACAAAGCAAAAACUUGGUAUGCUGAGAUUUGAUCCAUCUCAGCCAGAACAUGCAAAAUAUUUAGCGCCCGUUACGGAAAAACCCGAACAAACGAAAAAAAGUAAAAAAAAGAAAAAAGACAUUGAGGUUGUGGAAGAACAACCAAAAGAAACAGAAAAUGUUGUUGAAAAGGUGGAAGUGUCUAAGGAACAAUUCUAUAAGAUAACCGAUGAUUUGAAAGAAGCUAUAACACAACCACAAGAAUUUAGCUUAAGGAGUCUGUUUGCCAAAGACGAUGUUCAGAAUGAAGAAAACGAAGAUGAAGACAAGUAUAUUCCACUUCAAACUAAAAAGAAAGACAAAGUCAAAAAUCCAUUAGAACCUGACGAAAAAAAUCCAUUUGUGUAUGAUUCAUCUGACUCGGAAAAUGAGGAAGAAGUUUUAAAAACUACUGAAGAAAAUGAUGAAUCCAAAAAGCAAGAAACAAAAACGGUUUGGAGGGAAAACUUAUUCUUCACAAACUCUGAUUAUAGAUUAAAAGAUGGACUACUGUUCUUUACUAAGCCACAAGAAACAGAGGUGCAAAAAGACAGAAGAGAGUUGAAAUCUUUAAUGAAGAAGAGAAUUUACAAUAGAGACCGCAAAAAUACUAUGUUCCAAAAGAAAAUUGGUGGACGCAAGAAGACUAUGAAGAAAAAAUUCAGAAAAUAA